CAGCUUUGGGCGGGUGUUGCUGGCUAAAAGAUCCCUUCCUUCCCCAGAAACAACUCAUUUGUCUGCUUGGCCACCUCCUCCCACCCAGGAACGGCCGCGCUUGGGUGCACGAAGCUCUUCCUGGCGGGAUGAAAGUCGACAGAUAAAAUAUUAGCAUCAGGUCGCAGCAUUCCUUCCUCCUGGCCAAACUCGCAUUACGACGAUGAGGAGCUAAGCUGCGAUGCCUGGCCGGUGAUGCAAGGCUCGAUUUUUCCAGCACGGUUUUCCCUCGGGCUCCAGGCUCUCCCGCUGGUGCAGCUCCGGGUGCUUUGGGUGUGGAGCUCCGCCAGGAUCCGGCCCUGCAAGCUGUGGAGUUGCAGUCCCAGCUGGAGCAGGGCUUGCUUGGUGUCCCAUCUCUGUCCUCCUCUCCCGCCUUCGCUGGACCCCAGCUCCUCGCCCGGAGGAAGGGUGCACGCUGUGGGCAUCUCCCAUCCACCGAAAUCUAUGAUCAGCUCGGUGUGUGUCUCCUCCUACCGUGGACGCAAGUCUGGGAACAAACCACCCUCCAAAACAUGCCUGAAGGAAGAGAUGGGCAAAGGGGAAGAGUCGGACAAGAUCACCAUCAAUGUAGGUGGCACCCGGCACGAGACGUACAAAAGCACCCUGCGGACUCUGCCGGGCACCCGCCUGGCCUGGCUGGCUGACCCCGAUGCCCAGAGCAACUUUGACUUUGAUGGGAAAAGCAACGAGUUCUUCUUCGACCGCCACCCCGGGAUCUUCUCCUACGUGCUCAACUACUACCGCACCGGGAAGCUGCACUGCCCCGCGGACAUCUGCGGGCCCCUCUUCGAGGAGGAGCUCACCUACUGGGGCAUCGACGAGACCGACGUGGAGCCCUGCUGCUGGAUGACCUACCGGCAGCACCGCGACGCCGAGGAGGCCCUGGACAUCUUUGAGAGUCCCGAGCCUGGUGGAGGGGCUGCUGGAGAGGAGCCUGAAGAGGAGGGGGGUAGGGAGAUGGCCCUUCAGCGCCUGGGCAUGGAUGACAGGCCCCCAGGGGCGGCGGGGGCUGCUGGAGGAGGUGGCUGCUGCAGGAACUGGCAGCCCAAGAUGUGGGCGCUCUUUGAGGAUCCCUACUCGUCCAAGGCGGCCAGGGUGGUUGCUUUCGCCUCGCUUUUCUUCAUCCUGGUCUCCAUCACGACCUUCUGCCUGGAGACGCACGAGGCCUUCAACAUCGAUGUCAACGUGACGGAGACCCUGGUGGUCGGCAACACCACGACGGUGCUGCUGACCCACAAAGUGGAGACGGAGCCCAUCCUCACCUACAUCGAAGGGGUCUGCGUGCUGUGGUUCACCCUCGAGUUCCUGGUCCGCAUCGUCUGCUGCCCAGACAAGCUUCUCUUCAUUAAAAACCUGCUCAACAUCAUUGACUUCGUGGCCAUCUUGCCCUUCUACCUGGAGGUGGGUCUCAGCGGCCUGUCCUCCAAAGCUGCCCGGGACGUGCUGGGCUUCCUGCGGGUGGUGCGCUUCGUCCGCAUCCUCCGCAUCUUCAAGCUGACGCGGCACUUUGUGGGUCUCCGCGUGCUGGGCCACACGCUCCGGGCCAGCACCAACGAAUUCCUGCUCCUCAUCAUCUUCCUCGCCUUGGGGGUCUUGAUUUUCGCCACCAUGAUCUACUACGCCGAGCGGAUCGGAGCCAAGACGUCCGACCCCACCGGGAGCGACCACACUCACUUUAAGAACAUCCCCAUCGGGUUCUGGUGGGCCGUGGUCACCAUGACGACGCUGGGUUACGGUGACAUGUACCCCAAGACGUGGUCAGGGAUGGUGGUGGGGGCCCUGUGCGCCCUGGCCGGGGUGCUGACCAUCGCCAUGCCCGUGCCCGUCAUCGUCAAUAACUUUGGGAUGUACUAUUCAUUGGCCAUGGCCAAGCAGAAGCUGCCAAAGAAGAAGAAAAAGCAUAUACCCCGUCCGGCGCCGCUGGACUCCCCCACCUACGGCAAAUCCGAGGAAAACUCGCCCCGGAACAGCACCCAGAGCGACACCUGCCCUUUGGCAGUGGAGGAGGGGGCCACUGAGCGGAAGCGGUCAGACUCCAAGCAGAACGGCGAGGCCAACGUGGUGCUGUCGGACGAGGAGCAGCCGCUGUCCCCAGCGGACGAGGAGAAGCGGCCGAUGCGGCGCUCCAGCACCCGGGACAAGAACAAGAAAUCCUCCACGUGCUUCCUGCUGGCCACGGGGGACUUCUCCUGUGCAGCUGAUGGAGGCAUCCAGAAAGAUUCCUGCCAGGACACCCUCGCUUCCAGUUACCCCCAGGGUGAGGUGGUCACCUUCUCCUGAGCCCCAGCUGGAUGCAGGCAGCACCCUGGGAGGGAUGAUUUCCCCAAGGGAUGCCCUGUCUGAGGGGGAGGGAUGUGUAUCCCCAGGGAUGCUCUCCCCAGGGUGGAAGGAUGCUCUCCAUGGGGCCAAGGGAUGCUCUUCCUAAGGAUAAAGGAUGCAUUCCCCCAGGGAUGCCCUCCCCAAAACCCAGGGAUGCUUCCCUCAGGCUGGGACAUGCAUUCCUCCAGGGAUGCUGCCCCCAAGGCCAAGGGAUGCUCUUCCCAAGGGAGAUGCCCUCCCCAAGGCUGAGGGAUGCUCUCCCCAAAGCCCAGGGGUGCUCUCCCCAAGGCUGGGACAUGCAUUCCCCCAGGGAUGCUCUCCCCAGGACCAAGGGAUGCUCUUCCCAAGGCUGGGACAUGCAUUCCUCCAGGGAUGCUGCCCCCAAGGCCAAGGGAUGCUCUUCCCAAGGAGUUUUCUUCCCCCAGAGCUCCAGCUCCAUGCCCGGGGUGGGGCUGGCAGUUGGGUCCCCCUGAGAGGUGCCCCAGAGCAGCAGGGCUGGGAGGGAGCUCGGGGACAGCCCCAGGUCCCCUUCCUGGUGCCAGCCCUGCCACGGCCACGCUGCCCCAGCCCCCCUGGGCUGCCCCUCCCCCUGCCCACGCUUUUGGCUGCACCUCCCCCUCCAGCUCUGGAGAUCCAGCUGCUCACCAGGACAUCUCUGCUCGGGCCCCUCCAUCGUCACUCGGCCCCUGGGACCCUUCAGGGCACCAAAGGCUCCACUGCAGGAGCCACCACGGCCCCCUCCCACUGCUGAUCCCACGGGCACAGGGGAUUAGGGGGGAGUGGGGUGCAGGGAUGGGAUGGGAAGCAAUAGGAGACCGAGGUGUGGGGAUCCCGGGGGCCUGGAGGGGUCAGGGCCCUUCCACUGCUGUUCCAUUCUCUGUGACCAAGGCAAUACUCCUGUCUGUCUGUCCUGUUCGCAUGCCUGUCCCACAUCGACUUCCAAUAAAGACAUCCAUGAGCUGAGUCAGCUCCUGUA